AAAAUAUAAAAAAAAAAAAAUUUAAUCUGUGUGCAUAAUUCUAAAACGACUUAUAUUAAAAAGUGAGGGAAUAUUUGUCGUAGCUAGGCGGUGUGAAUAUCUAACUCCUCCGUAGAGGAACCGGGUUUGUCUUUCCCUGGUAGGCUCUCCAGGAGAUUAGCCCAGUUUUAUUAAAAAAGAAAAAAAGAAGACGAUAUGUAUGAUAUUGAAACCUUUUAUACGUAUCAGGCCAUCUCAAACCAUUUAGAUGUUCGGUGCAAAAUUUAUAUUGAAGAGAGUGAGGAAACUGUGCAACCUGAUCGAUAUGGUGGUGGCCAUGGCGGAAAUGAAGGUUACAACGGACGAGGAGGAUAUAACAGAGGAGGACACAACGGAGGUGGAGGAUACAAGGGAGGUGGAGGAUAUAACGGGGGAGGAGGAUACAACGGCAGUGGAGGAUACAACGGAGGAAGAGGUGGACGAUACAAGGGAGGAAGAGGAGGCCACGGGGGACACGGAGGAAGAGGAGGCCACGGCGGACACGGUCCAGAAGCUGUUCAGACUCAGCCUGGCAACUAAAUCUAUCAAUAUUUUAACCACCAUGGAUGAUUUCAUCUAUGUAUACACACAGUCCUGUAUACACCUGUGACAUGUAUGUGUAUGACUAUAAGUAAAACCAUGGUGAGUUUGUAAAAGUUACUUAAGUCAAAUAAAAGAAAUUAGGUGAAUAAAGUUUCGUAAUGUAAUGUAUCUAUGUUCGAGUUGUAAUAUGUACUCUUUGCAAAAAUAAAAUCGUUUGUAGUUUA